AUGCAGGAAAACGACAUCGAUGAUCUUCGACGAGUCGUGGCCAACGCAGAGGACGGCGAGUUCAUUCAGGCCCUGCCCGGUCAAAAAGGGGGCGGCAAGGAGUCGCGAAUGCAAGGCCCCUAUUCCGGACGCUGUCGGGCUUCGUUGAUCUGGCCUGUGGAGGCCUUCAUCCUACAAGCCUUCGUGUUGGCGCUGAAGUCCUCGCUGCUGGAGAUCACUCAACAGAUGGUGGACUGGGGGGUGCCCCUCCAUAGCCCGCAGCUCUCGCAGGCAUUGCACCUGGUCUGCGAGCUGGUCAACCGGGAGAACUUCAGCAACUCCUGGCGCGUUGUGAAAGCCCUCACGGACGGCAACACGGAGGGGGGCUUGGACAUCAACGCUCCACGGCAGUCUGACGGGUGGACACCUCUUUGCAUCGCCUCUGCGGACGCGUGCCUGCCCAUGGCCUUCAAGCUCCUCGAGUUAAAGGCCGACCCGAAUGUGAUCACCAGGGCCAAUGAGACCCCGCUGGCCCUGGCAAAGCGAAGCCGCGACGACGACAGUGACGAGCAGAAGGAGGCGCGUGGCAUCAUCUCCAACAUGCUGCGAUCAUACGGCGGGCAGGACACCUGCAAAGACGCCUUGAGGAUGUUGAGAAAGACGAGCCAGCCUGCCGCAUCCAAAGAGAGCCAGGCGCUAAAGGAGGAAGUAGUCACGGCCAGGGGCCUACUGCCAGAGGUGUCCAAAUCAAUUCGCCCUUCACACUCUGUUCGUCUCUGCCCGCUAGGACCAGGAGUCAUGUGCGCUUUCGUUAGGAACCGAAUCCCCUGCCCUUGA